AUGCAAUCGGAGCUUACAGAAUUGGAAGAAAAAUUAUCUUUGGGCAAUCAAUUGCUAGCAUAUGAUAUCGAUCUAAAAAGUGCCGAUAGUCCGGAAGAUAUUGGAGAAAAGGCGAAAAAUAUUGAGAAUUUAGAGCAGUUCAUGGUUUCACUAAUUGAUAAGUUGAAAGCUUGUGAUAGCAGUAAUAUGACCGAGGAACAACGAAUUGAUAUGGAAAGAAAAUUAGAUGAAGCGAUGUCGCUUAUUAAUAAGCUACAUGCUUUACGGGAAUCUAUUUCAAGUCAUUUAAAAUCACUUGCUGAUUGGAAAACUGCUGAAGGCGAAUUAGAAGAUGAAAUACGGGUAAUUAUGGACAAUAUUGAAGGACUACGUGAUAGCUAUUCGCAACCGCAACCGUACCCAACAGCAAUCAAUGAUGUAAACAUAUUGCAACGAUUACAGGAUCAGAUCAUGAAAUUAUUGCAAAAAACGAUAGAUAAAGAACAAACUUUAUCACAAAAUUUGCCUAACUAUCAUCCUGCAAUCAAUGCAAUCAAGCAACAAAUUGAAAAAGCUACUGAAGAUGUUAAGAAAUUAUUGCCAUCACUUAUUGAAGAUGUUUCAACAGAAAAGCAACUUGUUGACAUACAAAACGAUUUAAUCAAUCAAUUGAAUGGAUUGAAUGAUCGCGCCAUAGUGAUUCGUAAUGAACCACAUGAUGAAACACAAAUUCCACGAUUAGAAGAAUUGAAAAAUGAGCUUGAAGAAGUAGGUGAUAUGCUGAAAGAAUUGAAGGAAAAGGAAAACAAACCAAUGAAACUGGUGCUACAUUCAGAUGAUCUAAAGAUAACAUCUGUAGUUGAUCAAUAUGAAAAAGUUAAUCGACUUCUGAAUGAAACCAAAGAGCAAUUGGCGAAUCAAGUUGCUUCAACGGAAUUGCAAUCGACAGUUAGUAAUGAAGCUCAAGAGCUGCAUUAUAUUGUCGAUGAAGCAUAUAAAGUUGAAAAUGAUGUCAACGCAACAGCAAGCGAUUUGCGGAAGGCAAUUGAUGAUCUCAAAAAUGGUCGAUCACAUUUGACAGCAUUAAAAAAUGCAUACGAUCAACUAGAAAACGUACCGGAUAUGAAUUUAUUCUAUGAAAAUGUAUUUGAUGAGAUUUCGACACUAAAUGAACAAUAUGACAAUGUUGAAAGGAAUUUGGAAGAUCGACUUGAUAUGCUGAAUGAAUUUGAUGUAAUAGCGGAUAGUGUAAAUAAGCGAUUGAUGGAUCUUGAAGAUAAUGUACAUAAAUUAGAAGUUCCAAGUGCCAGCUGUGAAUUAUCCGUUGCCGAUAAAGGACUUAGUGAUGUUAAUGAAUUACAAGAAUCAUUGAAAAAAUUACACGAAUUGAAGGAACAAUUAACACCAUUAUUGAAACCUGCUUCUACAGUUGAAAAUUUCGAUAAUCGUUUAGCAGAUGUGAGCAAAAAUUUCCAACAAUGGCACGACGAGAGUGUGAAAAAGAAGCAAGAAUUGGAGGCUGAAAAUAAUCUGUUAAGUUUGAUCAACGAUUUUGAGCAAACUCUUGUUAAUGCGGAAAAUGAUUUCGAAAAACUUGAAGGAACAAUGAAUGCAUUGAAGAGUUUCAAAGAUAUGAUUUUGCCAAUAGUAGUUGAAAAAUCUGAUCGUAUCAGAGAUCUAAUAUUACCGGUAAAAACGGAAAACAUUAAGCAGCUUUAUCAUAAUGUCGAUAUGCUAAAUGAUCGAUUUAAUGAUUUGUCAACACGUGUGAAUGAUAAAUUGAAUGAUGCAGAAAGACAAGAGAAUCUAUUUGAUGACAUUCAACGAGAGCUUAAUAAUAUGGAACAAAAAACUGAUGAUUUUAUCAAGAAAUAUACCACAUCACAAGAUUUAUUAAUUGCCAUGGAAGAUGUCGAUCAGCUGUAUUCUCUUCAGGAUCAAAUUCCAUCAUUAUCAGCAAUGGAAAAUAUUACAGAAGAUGGACUUAAAGAUAAUUUAAUAAAGAAAGCAGAUACUAUGAAGAACAAAAUCGAAAAUUUGCUUGUUCCGCUUAAAAAAGAUAUACAAAAAGAGCAAGAGUUGAUGCGCGAUUUGCAUGAAACAUUGUCUACAUUAACUGCAAUUGGUGAUGAUGUUAUUGCAGUUGAUCCCAAUACUGAAUCAUUACAACAGCUAGAAAGCAUUCAUCAAUUAGCGGAAAAUUUGCGACAAUUAAAAGGAAAAAUUGAAAAGUUGGAAGAAAAGUUACAAAGUUCGGAAGGGAUGGUUAAACAUGCAUUAGUAACUGAUGAUCUAUUUGGUCGUGUUGUACAGUUACAAGAUGCACUUGAUGAUAAGAAAGAAAAAUUGACAGAACGUGCUAAAUUAUGUGCUAUAACUCCGGAGAUAAAUUUGAUCAACGAAAGUGUGCAAAAUUACAUUAAUGAAAUGGAACAAAUACCAAUGCAAACAAUUGAGGAGCAAAAUGUUGCAUUAAGUGAGCUAGAGGGAAAGAAAUAUGAACUUGAAAAUCUGCUCAAAAAUAUUCCUCAAGGUGAUGAAGGCAGUGAAUUACGAGAAAAGUGUAAUUGGUUACUGGGACAACUCAAUGAUGUUCUAAAACGAUUAGCUGAUGCAGUUGCAAUUAAAGAGGAAAUUGACACACAAACUAUACCAACAUUGAUUUCUGAUGAAAAUACUGUGUCUGAACCUGAUAAUCAGCUACAUGAUAUAAAUGAUGAUCAGAAAACAAUAGAGGAGAAGUGUGCCGCAGAGAAAAUAGACGAUGAUAGCAUUCUGUUAUAUAAUGAAUUAAACACUUUAAUUAAGGAAGGUCAAAAAGUGCUGAAUGAUGCUGAAGCAAUUCCAACUAUAUAUGCUACCAAAUCGGAAGCAUUCAUAAGCCCUCUUGAAGCAGCAAAUGAAUUGCUUAAGAUAAUGCCAAAAAAUGAUGAAAUGGCUAUACGUUUAAAAACAACUGUUAAGGAUGCAAAAGCACUCCAAGCCAAUUUAUCACAUCAUGCCAAUCUGUGGUCACAGUUUGUUGAUGAACGAGACAAUGCAACAGAUCAACUUGAAACAAAACGGAAACCACUUGAUGAGAUUGGAAACAAGCAUAUUCGAUCCUAUGAACAAGUAGCUGAUGAUCUGGAUAAACUUAAGAAAGCAGCUUUGGAAGUAAACGAUUUACGUAGUGUGAUGUCAAAAUUACAAGAUCUUUGCGAGCAGUUAGAUCCGUUGGAAACCGCAUACGCUGAUGUUCGUUUUUAUGACGUAGAUGUUGAACAAACACAACAACAAUAUGAAAAUCUCAUAUCAUUGAUAAAUAACGAACUAUACGAUGAAAACAUUCUGAAUGAAUCUACGCAACAAAUGGCUAGAGAAUUAGAAUAUCUUAAUGAAAGGCUUUCAAUGGAACCGAUUGUUCGUGAACAAUUUGAAGAGAUACUAAAUCAUCAGUUACCACCGUUGCAAGCUCAAUUGCAAGCUCUUCAAACAAAAAAUGAUGAAGUAAAACGAACUCGUAUCCACGUCAAUCCUAUGUCUCAACCAUCAAUUGAAAUAUUAACAGAACAAUUGAAUCAUAUUUGCUUGCUUGUUAACGAACAACUGGACAAUUUUGCAAAAGCUGAAAGGGAACAAAAAGCAAUGAUUAUCAGGAAAGAGUUAGAAAAGCUGCAUACAGAACCGUAUGAUGAAGAGAAAUUGAUGAAGGUUGAAGAAAAAUUACAGCAGCUUCCUGUAGAAGAUGAGAAUACACAAAUAUUGGCUGUAGAGUUGCAGAAAUUACGAGCAAAUAAAGCGGACCGUGAUGCACUUGAAAAAGAAAUAGAAAUGAAACUAGCCGAAUUACUCAAUCGCAUGAAUGUGAUACGAACAAACUUGAGUCCAAUCAUGGAAGAGGAAGAAUCGGAAAGAGGGAAGAUGAAAAACGAUAAAAAAGCAUUAUCUGAAAUUGAUGAACAAAUUAAUGCAUUUGAAUUAGCAUUAAAUGAAACAAUUAAUGAGAUUUUGUCACCGAUGAAUGAGCUUAUUUCCCAAUCACAUCAAGAGAACAUCAAUCUUCCGUCUCUUCAAUCUGAACUUGAAAAUGCACAAAAAUUCGCUGAGAAAUGCAAGGUAAAUUUGCUUUCUUACUUAAUUUUGUAA